AUGACUGCGGCUGUGGACUCUAGUACCAUCUUCCAGGUGGAUGGCAUUGUGGCUGUCAUCACCGGUGGUGGUAGUGGUAUUGGCCUGACUAUGACCCGCGCGCUGGCUGCUAAUGGUGCUCACAAGGUUUACAUUCUGGGCCGUCGCCUGGAGGUCCUGGAGAGCGCCGCCGCCGAAUUCCCGGGAGUUGUCAUCCCUCACCAAGCUGAUGUGACCUCCAAGGCCGACCUCCAGGCCGCCGUGGACCGGAUCAAGUCUGAGGUCGGCUAUGUCAACCUGGUGGUCGCCAACUCCGGUAGCAUUGGACCCCCCGUCCGCUUCAACCCGGCCGCGUCUCUGCCGGAGCUGCGCCAGACUCUCUUCAACGACUUCUCCAUGCAGGGCAUGAACGAAGCGCUCAACCUGAACAUCACAGCCGCGUUCUUCACAAUGACCGCCUUCCUGGAGCUCCUGGAUGCCGGAACGCAGAACGCCCUCCGCGGCGGAUUUGGCAAGCCUCUGAAGGAGGGCAGCGAUGUGCCCUCGAUCCAGAGCCAGGUCAUCUUCACAACCAGCAUCUCGGCGUUCAGCCGUCACUGGACCUCGUCUCCUCCCUACCUGACCAGCAAGGUGGCCAUCAUGCAGGUGGCAAAACAUGCCAGUACUCAGCUGGCCAAGUUUGGCAUCCGUGUCAACGCGAUUGCUCCUGGCAUCUACCCCUCGGAGCUCGCAUCCGUUCUCAUCUCGAGCCGUAAGCCCGAGGAAGAGGCAUUCGAUGACCAGCGCUUCAUCCCCGCCCGACGGUUCGGAGGCGACGAGGAAAUGGCCGGUGCCAUUCUGUACCUGUCCAGCCGCGCAGGCAGUUAUUCCAACGGUUUAAUCCUCACUACUGACGGUGGUCGUCUGUCGGUCAUGGCCGGGACUUACUAG